GGGGAGGUGAGAUGUCACGAGCGUCAGCGGCGACGUGGAGACGCAGAGCUAAUAAUCAAUACAGCUUGAACUUCCGCCGUCAAAUACGCGCUACUGGACAUUUACCAUCACUAAUCACGACUUAUUUACUUUUAUUGGCCUGAGAACGCGUCGGCACCCGUCUAGAGAACCGCGAGUGGUUUUUUUUAGGCGCUGUCAAAUCUGACUUUCCUCAGGUUUUGCUCGCUCGGCGAUGAGGCUCUGAGGAAGUCUCUGGUGGUUUCCGGGGGCGAUGGGUGCGAACACCAGCCAGGUGAGCGACCUGUCGGAGAGCCAGAGCAUCCGCACUCUGAUCGGUCCGGACGCCAUUUCAGAAAACGAGCCCUUCUGGAACCAGCUGAUCUCCUUCACCUUCACCAGCCCCACCUGCAGCGCUGAUGCUAAGCUCCUGGAGGAGGCCGUCGUCCCUCUGGCCAAGACUCUGAUUCAGAACAACCCCAGGUCCGGGAACUUCGGGGCGUUGGUGAGAGUUUUUCUCAGCAGAACCAAAGAGCUGAAGAUUUCCACAGAAUGCCAAGAUCAGUUGUUCAUCUGGCAGGCCCAUAAUGCUUUGUUCCUGGUGCGCUGUUUGCUGAAGGUCUUCAUCAGGGAGAUGAAUGAAGAAGAGCUACACUUACAGUUCUCCUACCAGGAGAGGGCGCCGGGAACCUACGACUCCGUCUGUGAGGAUCUUCUGGAGGAGCUGGUCUGUAAUUUGGUGCAUCUCAUCGUCGAAGUGCCGCUUCUCGACAUCACCUACAACAUCCUGUUUGAGGCUGUGACCACCCUUCUAGUGCUGCUGUCCUAUCAGCUCUUCCACAAAGAGGUUCUGAGAGAGGGGCUCAUCUACGGCUACCUGACCAGAGGACGAUGUCUGUCUCUGACGAGUCGUCUGGUGAAGACGCUGCUGUAUAACUUCAUCAGACAGGAGAAAUGUCCUCCCGCUACACACGUGCUGCAGACGCAGUCGGACGGAGGAGGUCUGCUCUACGGACUCGCGUCUGGAGUCGCCAGUGGAUUGUGGAGCGUGUUCACCUUAGGAGGAGUCGGCAGCAGGCCGGGGGCGGAGCAAGAUCAGAACCCCCUCCCGCUGUCCAAUCAGAGCCUGCUAUUACUUCUGGUUCUGGCCAAUCUGACUGACGGCCCGGAGCGUCCGAACCCUUACCGCCAGGCCGUUACCUGCUUCAAAAACACGCAAGAUUCCUCGUCCAUCCCGUCUCCUCAGCCGCACACGUUUCAGAUCAACUUUAAUAGUCUGUACACGGCUCUGUGUGAGCAGCAGAAGUCGGACCAGGUGACGUUACUGCUCUACGCGCUACUGCACCAGAACAGCAACAUGAGGACGUACAUACUGUCCCGCACGGACAUGGAGAACCUGGUGUUGCCGAUUCUUGAGAUCUUGUAUCACGUCGAGGAGAGGAACUCUCAUCACGUGUACAUGGCCCUCAUCAUCCUCCUCAUCCUCACCGAGGACGACACCUUCAACCGCUCCAUACAUGAAGUGAUGUUGAAGAACAUCUCGUGGUAUACGGAGCGGGUCCUAACGGAGAUCUCUCUGGGCAGUCUGCUGAUCCUGGUUGUGAUUCGUACCAUCCAGUUCAACAUGACACGGACCAGGGAUAAAUACCUCCACACGAACUGCCUGGCUGCCCUCGCCAACAUGUCGGCCCAGUUUCGUAACCUACACCAGUACGCUGCCCAACGGAUUAUAAGUUUGUUUGCUCUGCUGUCAAAGAAGCACAAUAAAGUUCUGGAGCAGGCGACCCAGUCUUUGCGCGGGCCUCUGGGAGCAGACGACACCACAGUUCUGCCCGAUUAUGCUCAGGAUCUGAACGUCAUCGAGGAGGUGAUCAGAAUGAUGCUGGAGAUCAUAAACUCCUGUUUGAGUAACUCUCUCCAUCACAACCCUAACCUGCUUUACGCGCUGCUCUACAAGCGCGAGCUCUUCGAGCAGUUCAGAUCACAUCCGUCCUUCCAGGAUAUCAUGCAGAACCUCGACACGGUGAUUGGGUUUUUCAGCCAGCGACUGGAGCAGGCAGGAAGUGACCUGUCAGUGGAGAGAGUUCAAGAGGUCAUCAAGAAAGGUGCAGCGGCCCUCCCUAAAGAGCGUCUGAAGAAGUUUCCGGAGCUGAAGUUCAAGUACGUGGAGGAGGAGCAGCCGGAGGAUUUCUUCAUCCCGUACGUCUGGUCUCUGGUCUUUAACUCCGGAGCGGGUCUGUACUGGAACUCUCAGGGCGUCGAGCUGUUCGGCAUGGACUCGCCCUGACGGGACGCCCGGCUCCUCAGGGGUCUGUCCGUGUAAGUGCCUGAUCGCAGCCCCGGCGCCGGCUGCACGGGAUUCUGGGUCUCCGUCACAGGUCCGGCGUAGCUCAAACACUUCGGCCGAUCGCGGCGUUCGUUCGUUCGGAUGAAAGACUUCCUGACUGACGGUGAACGUAAAUCACGCCUUGGCCCCCUUCUUAAAGGAACAGUUCGCUCAAAUAUGAAUGUUUGCGCUGGUCGUGAGAGCUCGCACUGAAGUGAAUGGGUGCCGUCAAAACGUCUUAAUAACUGCUUCAGGCGGCACCCAUUCACUGCAGAGCAUCUGAUGCAACGCUGCGGUUUUUUCCAUCUUAAUCUCUAUCUUUAAUUCUAUUUUGCGUGAACUGUUCCUUUAAGCGGCUGAUUAUUUAUCUCACAUCACCGUAUAUACAGUAAGUUGCAAACGAAUCACAUUUGAGCGCUUUGGGCUUGUUUUAUAGGAUGCUUUGCCGUUUUAAAUUAACUUAUUUAUUGUGGUUAUACUUAGUUGACCGUAUAUAAUCUACACCCGAGCGAAGAAAAACCAAAACAUUUUAUAUAUCCACCCGUUUCUUUCCUGAUGUUUUCCGUGCAUCUUUUGCCGCUUGGGAAAAUGUCCUGCGUUUAGGAGUUAGUUUUUUUCCUAAGCGUAAUAAUACGUCUUUAGACGCUCCCGUGUGAAUGCAGUUCAGCGUAUGAAUGAUGUAAAUCACAGAUUCAGAUAAUUGCAUGUACAGUGUUGUAUAGAGAAAGGCACACUACGUUUGCUGGGUUGUGUUUUUAGGUACAGAUGAACAAAGCGUAGGGUGAAUAUUCCCCCGUUACUGAUCCCUGUUACUUCUUGAUAAGUUUACUUUUCUCUGCCUUUUUUUGUAUUUAUCGUUUAGAAAGUAUAAUUAGUUUCCCUGUGUUCUGCGUAGCGCCCGUUCGUUUCGCAUUCGUUCCUGCCGAUUUACGUGAAAAGUAAGAUGAGGAAGAAAAACGGCAAGGAAAUGGCACUGGCCGGAACGAAUAUGUUGGAAACGAAUGAAUGGGUUUCGUUGGCGUUGUGAAAUAUCACCAAUAAAAUAAGAGCAAAAAACCCC